UUGUGUCCCUGAACCUUUUUUUAAACCAUCCACGUAAGAUACCGGAUCGACCACGAUGAAUGGAGGGAUGAGAAAUGUGAAAGUAACAAGAACAUUGCCAUUAGGGUUUGUUUCCCCUCUACAUUUCGUGAUGCCAUUGGUUCUUGGAUCUUUCACAAUGCGUGAUUCAUCGGCUCUCUCGUUUCCUCAAGGGUUUCAAGGCGAAUUAUUCUUCAUUCAUCACUUUAUCUUUCUCUCCCUUUUCUAUUUUGUUUUCCUUUCACAGUUGUACAAGUUCAUAACUGUUUUGGAAACAAAAAUGUUGGUGUGUUUUCAGAAGCAGAAUAAUGGUGGGAAAGAAGCUGCUGCGGUUGAUAGGUCCCCAUCGAUGCAUCAAUGGUCAUAUUUUUACCUACAAGCCUCUCAUUCUUUAAGAAGCCAAAUCUUAUCAUCAACGAGAAGGAGGAUGAAGAAGUUAUUGAAUGGAAGUUGGGACCCUGGAAAUGUUCAAGCCUUACACCUACAUUGUCAAUUUUAG